CAGAAAGACCCCUCCAAGCCUGAAGCGUUUCCACAGAUUUUUGGCCACACGAAUCAAAAAUUUCUUCCGCCGGAGGCAUUUUUGGGCAAAUUUCUGUCGAAAAGAAGGAAGAUACGAGCACUGGUCAAGUAUCCAACCCUUUUCCAGGCGUUUCCGGGGCAUAGCGUCUGGCAUCUCCCAAAGCCCACCCCUCCACGCCCGCUUAAUUGGAACACCCCAAGCUGGCUCGAGUUGGUGUCGUCGGUAGUGGCUACGAGCGCCGGCCUAUCUAGGGAUCCAGGUAUUCGACAUACAAUGGGCACUGGUCAGCAUCAGUAACAAUGGAGGCUGGGGUGCGCCAGGGCUGCCCGCUCGCGCCGCUGCUGUACCUGUUCGUGGCGCAAGCACUGCUGUGCUGGCUGCAGAAGCAAAAGGUCGGCAUCCGCCUGCGCCCGGACCGCGAGGAGCUCGCCACAGCAUUCCAGUUUGCUGACGACACGAAAGUGUUGCUGGAAAGCGACGCAAAGGUGCCCGGGUUCAUUGCGGUCAUGGACACGUUCGGCCGCGCUACAGGGCAACGGCUGAACCUGUCAAAGGUGGAGCUACUGCGGGUCGGCUGCCUGCCAGCAGCGCCCGGGCCGGCCGCUGCGGUGGCCGGCGCAGCCCCCGCCGUGCCGGGCAUGCCCGCCGCGCCUGCCGUGCCUGUGGCGCCCGCCGCACCGGCUGCGCCCGCCGCGCCUGACGUGCCUGCGGCGCCCGCCGCAGCGGCCGCACCCACCACUGGACCAGCCGCAGCGGCUGCGCCUGGGCCUGGCGUACAGGAACAGCUAUGCGGCCUUAAGGUGGUCACAGCGGCCACCGCCCUCAGCGUGCCAUUCAGCAGUGACCCCACACGGCUGCGGCUGGACUGGACAGCCCGCAUGCGAGAGGCCAGGCGCCGCCUGCGGCGUGUCGCCCACCUGGGACUCUCAGUCUUUGGCCGCGCCAGUGCAGCCUCAGCCUACUGCACCUCCAUGGUGACAUGGCACAUGGAACACAGCGGAUUGCCCGACGACAUAGCCCAGGAACUGGAGCGAUUGGUGGCGCGGGUGGUUGACCGCCGACUGGCCCCGGACUCGACCGAGAAGCGCCUUACGGGCAUCCCGACGGAGCUGCUUUAUGGCCACCCCACCACUGGCGGCUUCGGCGCACUGCCCAUCCGGCAGCACGUGCGUGGCCGGCAUGCGACAUGGGCCGCACGCCUGGCCGCCCAUGACGACAUCCCGGCCGCCCCGCAGCCCCAGCCGUGGUGCGUCGCCUACGACGUCUACCUCCGCGCGCACCACCCAUCCCUGCGCCCCAGUAGCACGCUGACGGCAGUCCCGGUGGUGGAGGGCGCCGGCGACAUCAUCCCCAGCCACCCGCUCCCCGAGGAUACCGAGCGCACGGUCUCAGCGCUGGGGUGGCUACCACCAGUGCAAGUGCUGACUGAGGCACCGGAGCCUGGUGCCUGGUGCUUCACGGCGCCGCUGUGGGGCAACCCGCUCCUCACCCCGUCCCCCGCGGCGGCCAGCGGCGAGCAGGAGGAGGAGGAUAGCGGCAGCGAUGGCGAAACAGCUGUGGAGCCCGUUCCGGCAGGAGUAGCGCGGCGCACGCAGGGGCGUGGUCUCGAUUACCGCCAUAGGACGCUGCGAGCCUGCGCGCGUCUUGUGACCAUCGGUGACUUAGUGCGAGCCCACGCUGCACGACCACCUGCGGUGGCUGCAGUCGACUGGGAGGGGUGGCUGCGAGACUACCUUGCGCCGUCAGACGGCCGUCGCCGGCGCCGUGGGCCCACGCUCGCCGCGCUGCAGGGCCUUGUCGGCGACAUCCCGCCAUCAUGGUGGAGUGCAGCGCAGGCUCACGCCGCACAGCUGGCGAGCCCUGGCCCAGCGCCUGUCCCGGCGCCGUCCACCAGUGAGGUCGUCCGCACCACCAUCAUGCCGCGCAUGGGCUGGAAGCUCUCUGGCUCUGAGACCCUCAAAGUCCCCCUAGCGAAGCUGUCCGUCCGCAUGGCCACAUCCAUGCAGCUGGACGAUGUGGCCACGCGGCGGGCGGACCUACACGAGGAUUAUGAGCGCGCGGCACAGGGCCUCCCGCCGCGCGCUGUGGUGCGGCGGGAGGACCUGCCAGCAGCUGCGGCUGCAACGCUUGGCGCCAUUAGGGACACCCUGGCGCGCCUUUGGCAGAAGGUGCGGUGGGAACGGCGACACUUUGAGACGCUGUGGCGAUUGGCCAUCGACGCAGUGCCGCUGCCGGGAAACUCGCAUAUGCCGUUGGCUCGCCGUGAGCCAUGCGGCUGUGGGCAACACGGCCAUGGGGGCGCCGCGGUGGAGGCACACGCCGCCGCCGCGCCCACGCCACGGCAGCACCACUUCUGGGAUUGCGCGGUGGCGAAGGCCGUGGUGGCGCAGAUCAACGCACACAACCCCGGUCCGGCUCCCAUCAGCCAAGCCCAGCUGUGGCUGGUUCAGGCGCCGCCGGGUUUUCAGCAGUGUGUUUGGGACGUGGUGGUGAUGGCGGCGCUGGCCGCCACAGAACAUGGCCGGGUGCGGCUGCGCGGGAUGACGCGCGCCGCAGCGGCCCUAAGAAUUCAGACGGCGGCGGCAGCAGCUCCCGAGGCUGCGGUGGCAGGUGCAGCGGAGGCGGAACCCGAUCUUGACGAGAUCCCGCCCACACAGCUGACGCCGCCGCAGCCAGGCGUCAACCCCGUCGAGCUUGCGUGCGCUCGUGCAGUCGCGGACUUCUGGUCGCGGCUGAUGCAGUUCGCGCAGCUCGGCGUGCCCCAAAAGGGCUGGGAUGGUGUUGACGCCACUCACCCCAUCCUGGCGGUGGUGAACGGUGAAAUGCUGUGCGCGAUGCCGCAAGCUAUGGAGCUGGAGGCUUGAAAGGGAUCAGCCCUUAGGAGAAGCGCGUGAGCACUAACAUGAGCCACUGAAGCAGUGGCAUACGAGAGGGUCAGCGGGGGAGCUUAGUGGGCAGGCGAAGGGUUUUUGUUUUACGCCCGUGGGAGCAGGGCCAGGUUUGCGGGGUUUUAAUGCCUGAGAGGGUGUAUUGGGUGCUGCAACACCCCGGGUCUUACGGCCUGGACCGGCCUAAUGGCCAGACGCGUUUGUGGCUGCCCUUAGGCAUUGUCUGCCCUUGCGUCGAGAGCUGGUUAGGUUGCGGUUGAGGUCGUGCAGGCUGCCGGGUCGUAGGACUCAGCCCCGCAGCCACUGUGGUCGUGCUUUCACGUGCUGUCGCGUGCUGCGUGUUUUGUUAUGUUUGCUGUUUUUUGUCUUCUGCCCGCCUGGUUUUUAAGAGGUAGCUCGCCCGCUGGGUCUGAGGUUGUUACACCGGUAGUAAUUCCGCAAGGAUUACUGGCGCGGUGAAGGGUCGGAGUGCGUUGCCCUGUGGACUCCAGAGCUGGUUGCGCUCUGCCGGGGAAACGCCAGGUCACGGCAGCCCUCGAUUGAGAGCCCUGUCGUUGGUUAUACCAGAUACACGAUUCACGUGAUCUGGCAGAAUAACCGUGGAAAC